AGGGGGAGGGACUUCCCUGGCGGUCCAGUGGUUAAGACUCAGUGCUUCCAAUGCAGGGGAUGCAGGUUCGAUCCCUGGUGGAGGAACUAGGAUGCCACAUGCUGCGUGGUGCGGUCAAAAAAAGAAAGAAAGAAAAAAAAAACAGCCGUUGGGUUUGUACCUAAGGUUAUGGUGAUCUCUUGUAUCCUUACUGAGGAAGUUACCUAAAUAGCAUGAUGAGGGCAAAAAUGAUAGAGAAAUAAGUUGAUGUUAAGUUUACCUGGGAGUAUGUUUGGUCUUGAAGGAGGUAAAUGUUUGUGUUUUUGUUUUUAUCUCUGUUUUUUGUUUCUAAAGAUGGGCAGAGAUUAGAACAUAUUUCUAAGCAAAUGAAGGAAAUGGAAAAUGGAAGAUAGAUGACAAAAAGGGAGAAGCGUUACCUCUGAGGGAAGAAGGGAAGUAUCGACAUCCUAAAUCUGGGCAUGAUGGAGAGCAUUUUACUGAUGCUAAACAAAGUGUGUAUGUGCUCGUUAACAACAGAGAUAGUGUUUCCAAGUUCCUCUUGGAAACAAGGGUAGACUGGCAAAAAUUAUCUAUUCCAUUGUUAAUACCUAUACCUCCAUAUAGCAUUCGUCACAUGACUUGUUUGCUUGACUUGAUUCCCCACUGGGUGGCAAACAUGUCUCUCACUCUGAAUCAGCCCCACGUUAACUAGUACGAUGCUUGCUGAAUUAUGAAAAUGGCAGCAGUGGACCACAGGUAAUACAUAAAACUGCUUGUUACCAAAAAGCCUACAGAAGUCUGCUGGAAAGCUAUUUGGACACCAAGGCGGAACCGAAGAGUAAAGAUUAAUAAUAAGAGGAUCUGGCUACCCGAAGGUCUCUGCCCAGGCAAGAAAACGAACUUCUGUAACUUCAACGUUUAUAUUUGCUUAAUUUUAGUGCUCCCGAGGACUCGGAUAGGAACAGGACUUGGUAUAAUCACAGUGUUAUGGAAAAGUGGUUAAAACGUUUCCCGAGUGCCUCCUUCAGGGCAGCUUAAAAGGGUUCUCGGGGGCUUCCCUGGUGGCGCAGUGGUUGAGAGUCCGCCUGCCGAUGCAGGGGACACGUGUUCGUGCCCCGGUCCGGGAGGAUCCCACAUGCCGCGGAGCGACUGGGCCCGUGAGCCAUGGCCGCUGAGCCUGCGUGUCCCGAGCCUGUGCUCCGCAACGGGAGAGGCCACGACAGUGAGAGGCCCGCGUACCGCACAAAAAAAAAAAAAAAGAAAAAGAAAAAAGGGUUCUCGGAGGAGAAACUGCUGCUGCGUUCACACUCUGCCGUUAAGGGCUUGCCCAAAAGCGACCCACCGAGAUGCUGAACCCAGGCCGCGGGCUUCCCCUGCGGCGGGCGCCGGGGAAACCGGCUCCGGAAGCCGCCCUACCCCGAGCGGCCUGAGCGUCCGGUUGCCAGGGAGACGCCGCGGCGGUGGCGCACGGGAGUCGCCGCGCCGGGGGGCGCUUCCUGCGCACUACGUCCCGCGCUGGAGUCGGGCUGAAGGGGCUGCUCGAGACUGUGUCGCCGUCGCCUUGUCCUCGCCGUGCAACACUGUGCUGCAAGUCAAUCAAUACAGUGAUUUAAGUUGCUUCAACUCAAAUGGAAAAGUAUGAGAAAUUAGCUAAGAUUGGAGAGGGGUCUUAUGGGGUUGUAUUCAAAUGCAGAAACAAAACCUCUGGACAAGUGGUAGCUAUUAAAAAUUUUGUGGAAUCUGAAGAUGAUCCUGUGGUUAAGAAAAUAGCUGUAAGAGAAAUACGCAUGUUGAAGCAAUUAAAACACCCAAAUCUUGUGAACCUCACUGAGGUGUUCAGGAGAAAAAGGAAAAUGCAUUUAGUUUUUGAUUACUGUGAUCAUACACUUUUAAAUGAGCUGGAAAGAAACCCAAACGGAGUUGCUGAUGGAAUGAUCAAAAGUGUGUUAUGACAAACACUUCAAGCUCUUAACUUCUGUCAUAGACAUAACUGUAUUCACAGAGAUGUAAAACCUGAAAAUAUUCUAAUAACUAAGCAAGGAAUAAUCAAGAUCUGUGACUUUGGGUUUGCACGAAUUCUGAUUCCAGGAGAUGCCUACACUGAUUAUGUUGCUACAAGAUGGUACCGAGCUCCUGAACUUCUUGUGGUAGAUACCCACUAUGGUUCUUCAGUCGACGUAUGGGCUACCGGUUGCGUUUUUGCAGAGCUCCUGACAGGCCAGCCACUGUGGCCUGGAAAAUCAGAUGUGGACCAACUGUAUCUGAUAAUCAGAACACUGGGAAAACUAAUCCCAAGACAUCAAUCUAUCUUUAAACGUAACCAAUUUUUCCAUGGCAUCAGUAUUCCUGAACCAGAAGAUAUGGAAACUCUUGAAGAAAAGUUCUCAGAUGUGCAUCCUGUGGCUUUGAAUUUCAUGAAGGAGUGUCUGAGGAUGAAUCCAGAUGACAGGUUAACUUGUGCCCAACUCCUGGAGAGCCCCUACUUUGAUUCUUUUCAAUAGGACCAAAUUAAAAGAAAAGCAUGUAAUGAAGGAAGAAACAGAAGAUGUCAGCAGAAUCAACUGUUGCGUCUCAUACCAGGAAGCCACAUCUCCCCCACACCUGAUGGAAGAAAACAAGUCUUCCGGUUAAAAUUCGAUCAUGUUCCAAACAUUUAGUUCUUUCAAGUGGAAAGUAAUUUAAUAGGUACACAUUUUUGUACCAGAGGAAUAGGGAUUCUCAGUGUUUCAAAUGCAAAUGAGCCAUAUGAAAAUUAAGAUGCUUUCUAGAAUUGUUUUGCUCUGAUCAUUACUGAUUCCUCUGCCCAUGCUUUUUACAUGCCAACUUUAUCUUUUAGAACAUUUUCUUUAAAUGUUACAAAGUCUGAACCUGCACAUAUGGAGGAGACAUUUUCAAUUUCAUCAGAGCAGCCCCUCUUGAAGCAAUGUGUAUCGAGAAUUUGUGAGCUUAUACUUUGAUUUAUGAGAAAGAUUUACAUUUAUCAUCUUGCUUCAGCUGACCACAUACUGUCUUAGAGCAGUAUCAAAUAGCUUGCCUAGCUGUUGUUUGUGUAAGGAAUAACAUUAUGUUUCUGCAUUUUAAUUCACUCUUAUUGUAACCAGGUCUGUUGAGUAAUGCUGGUGUUUUAUUUUGUGUUUUUUUAUUGGUGUAGUAAGGGAACCUUGAAAUGUCAUCUAGGUUUAUCCCUUAAUUCCAGGGCAGACUCUACUUUCUCUGUCUCAUAAGACAUUGACAAUUCUAUUUUUAAAGCUAGCUAGAGAACAUGCCAUACACUUACAUAGAAAAUAGUGGAUGAACUGCAAGGAAUUACCAUCCUUGUGACAUCAUGCCCUAGGGUAAUUGACUGCUGACUCUAUUGCUCUCCUUUGGUGCAUCACGGUUCCUUAUCCUUUUCUCCUCCUGACUAAAUCAUCUCAGUACCUAAACCUGUCCUCCUGGGUGUAUUUUCUGCAUUGUCAACACUCUCUUCCAAACAUUUGCAUCCAUAGCCUCUAUAAACUUGUGCAGCCCUACACUCAGGCAUCAUGGUCAGGUCAAGUUUGUAAACACAAGAGCAGGAAGAUUAUCAUUCAAUUAACUUCAUUUUGUGUCUCUGAUCCAAAAAGACAUAGACAAACAAAACACCUCAAUAAGUGAGCUGAGGGCUUCCCUGGUGGCACAGUGGUUGAGAGUCCACCUGCCGAUGCAGGGGACGCGGGUUCGUGCCCUGGUCCGGGAAGAUGCCACAUGCCGCAGAGCGGCUGGGCCCGUGAGCCAUGGACGCUGAGCCUGCACGUCCGGAGCCUGUGCUCCGCAACGGGAGAGGCCACAACAGUGAGAGGCCCGCGUACCG